UGGCAUGUGUUUGAGAAAUCUGGAGUUGCCCCUGUAUGUCUUUUUGCGUUGCCGAUUUCCUUGCGGCGAAAGGAGUUGAGGAGAAAGAAGAAGGGCAGUGAGUGUGUGUGUGUGUGAGAGAGAAAUAUUACAGCCACUUUCUGGCGCUGGAAGUAUGAACCUUUGCCGGCUGAGAACCUGCACGAACAGACCGUGCCCAUGGUGAGGAAGAAGAAGACAGUCUCGGCUGCCGAGGACCGCCAGAAUGGAAUGACGGCGAAAUGUCUGGAUGUGAGCAGCGAUGAAGGGCUGAAGAGGUUGGGUAAAAGGUCUGUGGAAGAGGACAGUGCUGAAGGAGAUGGGGAGAGUGAAGAAGGAGGCAGCAGCUCUCAACACAACACAAAGAGAGAAGAUCCAUCAGCAGUUGCCACAAGCCCAGAUCAACAUCAUUUCUUAAGAUCCAGUGUCAGACCCCCCAGCAAGAGGUUAAGGAAAGAUUCAUCUGCUUUGAAUGGAUCCAGUGGCUUCCAGAACAAUAAAGGAAAAGGUCCUGAGGGGGGAGCUGCUGCCUCUGGUUAUGCAUCUGGCAUUGCUGCUGGCAGCACUGGUGGAAGCAGCAAAACAACAGCAAAGAGCUUAUCUUCUAUUUCGGGAGAAAAGGAAGAAGGGAACAAGAAGAAAGUUCGAAGACAGUGGGAGUCCUGGAGUGCAGAGGACAAAAAUUCAUUUUUUGAAGGGCUGUAUGAGCAUGGGAAGGAUUUUGAAGCAAUACAGAAUAACAUAGCUCUAAAGUACAAGAAGAAAGGGAAGCCAGCAAGCAUGGUGAAAAAUAAAGAGCAAGUUCGGCAUUUCUACUACCGUACUUGGCACAAGAUCUCCAAAUACAUCGACUUCAAUAAUGUGUUCUCACGAGGACUGAAGAAAUCAUCCCAGGAGCUCUAUGGGCUAAUAUGUUAUGGAGAAUUACGCAAAAAAAUCGGCGGGUGCAUGGAUGAUAAAAAUGCAGCUAAACUCAAUGAAUUAAUUCAAGCUGGUGCCACCACAGUGCGAUACAAAGGUCGCAAUUUACGAAUAAAGACUCCAAUGUGCCGGGCGUUGAAGAAAAUCUGUGAUCCUGAGGGAAUUAGCGAUGAAGAAGACCAGAAACCUGUUAGACUUCCUCUGAAAGUGCUACUUGAACUUCUGCCACGCAGUAACUACACUUGGGCAAGAGUUCAGAGCUUGGCACAGAAUCCUCGACUAAGGAUGAUGGUGGAGCUGCACCGCAAAGUUUCUAGUCUCAUUGAAUUCCUGAAACAUAAGUGGGCUUUACAAGAAUUCAGAAUUCGCAAAUCAUUAGAAGAACGCCAGCAGGACUCUGGAGAUAAUGAAUCGAGGGGUGUGGGACUUGAUGAAAAGACAGAACUCCAUCUGUAUCCUGCAGAGAACUGUACAUUGACUGCAUUACCUGGAGUGGCAAAGGUGGUUCAUUCAAAAGCUUGUUGUACAGUGCACUGGCAGGAAACUGGGAGAUGCAGACAGACUGUAAAAGACACUCAUUUGCACCCACCAGCACAGACUCUAGCUAAAGCCUCUGUCACCAAGGAUGUGAUGGUUCCUGUCAACCAAGGUGCACAGGGCACAAUGAAAGGACCUGUUAAGCAAAUGCGGGCCACAAUAGAGGGGCGAAAUGGUAACAAAAUGUCUGGGUUGUUGACUGGAGAAGGAACACAAAACACUGAAGAUGAACUGCCGCCUUCAGAAGGUAUAUCUGCUGAAGAGGCAGCUGUGCAGCAAGACAGUCCAAAACCAGAGGAUUUUGAUGUGGGACAGCAAGAGUUGGGAGAAAAUGGAGAAAGUCUGUUUCAUUCACCUAAAUCUAAUUCAGAGGUUUCUACUGAAGAAUGCAACGGUAAUGAAGCGACUGUUAUGGAGUCCUCAGAAGUAACUACCACUGCUGAGCUCUGUGUAUGUGGGGGGAUUAUGAGCACUGAUGAAAUAUCCCUCUUGGACCCAGUUCCUCGUUACAUGAAAUCUUGUCAGAACUUAGUAGUUCCAGAGAGGUGUACGUGUAAGGCCAAAUCCUCUGAAAAAGAUGUUACUGCUUCACACAUAAAUGGAUUUUCUGGUGAUCCCAGUGCUGUGCAUUUGGAAAACGUAGAAAUGAUGGAACUGAACAAUGAGAAACUUGCCAUUUCAGGGUCGCAGUUGGCCAAUGAUACCACUUUAAAGUCACCUAGUUUGACUACACUAGAUGAUGGUGAUAAUAGGACAAUACCUUCUAAUUGCACUCGUGAACAGCCAGUGUCAUGCACCCAAGAGGUGUCUGAGACCGACUGCCUGAUGAGGCAGGCCUCAAUAAUUACUGUGCCCUCUCAGGGACAACCCAGUAGUGCCAGCAUUGUUCCAAAGCCACUGAAAGAGGAUAGUACCCAUUUGGCCCAGCAGGUGCAGGAGGAUGGCUGGAGUCAGAGUACCUCUGAGAAUUUGACAUUGGCUGAAUUGUACCUCAUGCUGGGGAAACCCAACAAAUUGCAGCUUGAGUAUGACUGGGUGCAGACCUCACGGAACAAUUCAGAGGAGACUGAGAGGACUAGGGGUACAAGUCAGAGGUUGCUGAAAUGCUUGCUGCAGAUUAUCUCCACUGAAGUGAAUCCUAAACCUAAUCCAGAAUCUAGCUCUGUGGCGACAUCUCCAAUGAAGUUAAGCCAAGAUGAUCAGAUGCACACUCCACCAGGAAAGGUGAUCACUCUUGCACGUAGCCCUGGCUGUGUUCGAAAUGCUGCAGCAGUUCGAUGUAACAAAACAGUUACUCCCACUGCUACUUCAGGAAUGCGUAAUGUACAGAAGACGUUGGUGGUGCCAUGUUCAUCUGGUAGCUCAGGAAGUUCAAGUAAUGAUGCAGAUAGUGGGGUUUUUGCUGUUCCUACAAUUUUACCGCCCAACAGUAGGCAUAACAAAAUAUAUUCGCCCAGCAAAGAGACUGACUUGACCUUCAGGCAGCGAUUGGAUUCUUUCAGUAGGCCACCAGACAUUUACUUACCCAAACAAAGGAAGUUACGAAAUAAUCGCCCACGCAAGCCGCUAGUGGUUCAGCGAACUCUGUUACCACGGCCAACUGGAAAUUCCUCUCAGCAUGUUUGUUCCUUUUCCAUCUUGUCCAAUUCUGCCACAGGUACAGGUUCUUUCCGUCCUCUUCAGUCAUCACUUUCCAAAGCAUCUCUAGCUCGUCCUAUUGUUCCAAAAGCCAUUCCAGCAUCUACUAGCCAGCUCUCUAGUGCAAUCGAUAUGGCAGCUAAAACAGCCGGCAUAAUUCCAGGCAGCCCCAUCCAGACACUUGAUUCAGAAAGGCCACAAGAUUUGACUACUUUGUCAACAGAAGGGAUUUCCAUAGUAACCUCAGACCAAGAAUUAUCCUCAGUCCAAGAGAAUGGAAGCAACACAGAAACAACUGUGACAACUAGGGAGCUUGAAAAACAUACACUUCAGAAUGGACUGCCAUCUCCAAGUGAAACUUCCAACACGUUGUUCACUUCUCCUCCAAAUGUCUCUGCACUCCUGGAUAUAUCAUUACCAGGACCUCCUGAUGACACAUUGUCCCAGGGUGGACCCCACAGCCAAAUCAGUGACUCUAUAAUUGAGCUUGCUAUCAACUCUACUCAGUAUGUCAGUGGUGAUGGUGCUUCUCUCUCUCCAACAAAGCUGAAUGGUGGUGACAACUCAAAGAGUCUCCCAUCGCCCUCAGCCAGUCCUCAACGAAACUGGAUUCCCUCACCUACGCACGAUCCACAGUGGUUUCCAAAUGAUUCUGGUGACUCUUCAUUGGGUAGUCUAUUAUCAAGUCUGAUAUCACCUGAAAAGGGGCGGAAGAUGCUAACAACAGGUAACUGCAAUAGCAAUAGCAACUCUUUGCUUGGAACAAGCCUCUUGGAUGGAAACUCCAGGGAUUCUUUUGUGUCCCGCUCACUAGUAGAUGUCUCAGAGGUCGACUCUCAGCUGGUGUGUAUGAUGAAUGAAAGCAGUGUGGAUUACAUUGCCCGCUUUAAUGACCUCGCCCAAGAGCUCUCAGUGGCUGAGACUUCAAGGAAAGAAAUGCUUUUUGACAGCAGCCCUCCGAUUGGUGAUCUCUCACAGUAAGGUCAUGAACCGAACAAAGGGGUGCAUUUGAAGCCACCCCAUCCCCCUAUUUCUCAGCACCUUGCCAAUUAAGCUGCCCAUAAUGGGCAUUGACUACUGGAGGAUCCAUUUGUAAAUGACACUGAGUUUUGAAAAAUGUGCAAUAAGUUUUACAGUACUUCCCGUGAAACAGUAUUAGGUUUAUGAUGACAUUAAGCUGGCAGUCAGUGACUUUGCGUGAAGCUAAUAAACAGAAGAGCCCAAAAUGAUCCUGCAAUGGGACUGAACACUAGAGUGAAAUUCUCUUCCAUCGUAUGAAACUGAAAUGCAGUUAGAGCACGUGCUUGGAUUAGGCACGCAAGCAUAACCGUUUCUGAGAACUAAAGAUUUCAUUGUAGAUCUGAUGAUGUUCUUAUGGUUUGUACCAGAUUAUUCCUGGAUUGAUUGAGAAUGUUCUGAGAGAGUUAUACAAACCUUCUGCUUAUAUAUAACACACCCAUCUCUGCUUUGUAUUAAAAGCAAAACAGUCGCAGUGGGGAUGUCAAAAAAAAGGAAAAGUGACUGUAUUUUACCUGAAUGAAUGUUAAGAUACAUGGUUCACCUGCUUAUAAUGAUUAUUCUGUCAUUAUGAGAUUGUUUUGGUAAAGGGAGGUCAUUAAAAAGAUAAGGGCAGCUUGUACUCAUUGCAUUUAUGCUAUUAAAUGUUUGUCUAAUGUACAGAUGAGUACUUUUGAGAAUUCCAUUUGAGCUGCAUGGUGAUAUUAGUAAGCAUGUUCAGAAAGUGUACAGAAUGUCCUGGAGAACUUGACAGUCACAAUCAAGUCCCUGAUGGUCACUUUAAGAAUCAAAUCCUUUGCUUAAUCCACACAUGUAGUUCGGGAGGUGCUAGUUUAUAUGUAAUGGGCUUGUAUGUUAAUUGGGAUUUUUUUAUCCUGGCGUGAGCCUUUCACUCCCAACUGUGUUCUUACACACCAGAUUUCUUGUUUACACUGGCCCUUUUCAUUAUUCUGUUUUAUGGUUUUAUCGUUAUGGUAUUAGUGGAUCACCUCUUUCCCACCUGGAAGCCCCUUCACUUCUCUUUGAUUUGAACUGCUGUGUCACUUCAAAUGGGCCAUCCAUUAUGCACUCUAUUACAGUUCAGCUGCCCUUUUGAUAUUCUCUCUAAAUACUUAAAUAAUUUACAUUUUACAAUAUGGGAAGCAAAUAAUUUAACCUAUCUAGGCCCAUUACUGGAUCAUGACACCUUAUCCUCUCUCUUAACUAUCAGCAACAAAAUUUGAAGUUUGAUGCUGAGGCAGUUUAAUUUGGUUGCUCCAUCCAAAAUCAAGUUUCUCUAUGCCCCUUCCCAACUUGUUUCUGUGCUGUAAUGUUUAAAUAUUAAUUUGUUUCUCAUGCUUCACCCGCCAUCAUCGUUAGCUGUCCCUGUAACUCAAUCCUAUUGCUGACUACUUCUGAGGGUUGCUCACCUGUACCAUGGGUCUUUCUAUGACUGAAGGUGAAUUCUCAGCCUACAUGCCUCACUUUUCUCUUUUUAAUAAUGUAUAUACCUCUAAUUACAUGUAAAGUUUAAAGAUUUUUCAUCAUAAACAGCAGUUGCAUAUUUUUUCCUUUCAGAUUGAUGCUUGGGAUUGCUGUGCCAUUGGGAUCCACUGAGCCACAGUUACACUUUGCAGAUACACUGUUUACUUUUAAAUAUUAUUAUGAAAUCUCCUGUUGGCUCCAUUAAAAACUUUUAAGAAGGUGCAGCCGUGUAUCCAAGCAUGCACACAGAAUUGCUGUCAGUGUCCUUAGUGCAAGUGAGCAAUUAGCGGUAUAAUUCUGAUCUGCUGGCCAAGCCUCAAUACAGGGAUGAAGUUUUCAGAAGAAUUUUAUGUUUAUUCAAAAAAUGUAUCUAAAAUUCUACAGAUUGUGCACUACCACUAACCCCUAGCAAUCUGUGGCCUAGAUGAUCACAUUGCUACUUUUAUGUGUCGUACAAGGUGACUUGCACUUUGUUUCCUAAUCCAGACUAUGGUUAAACAAUUCGAUCGGUAUACAGCACUGCCCCGGAAUAAAUUGAAGAAUUAUCCUGCGACAUUGUACUGUCCAACAGCAUCCAAUUGUUGCUUGUUGGUUGAGGACCAAGUUAUUGCAUCCAUACGCUCCCCAGGAACAAGCAAAGUAUUUAUAAAACUGAAUGGUACAACAGGAAAGCAUUGUAGUUGCAUUGAAGGUUUUUUCAAAAAGCGCUGCGUGUCAGAAAUAGUGACUUUAAAAAAUUUAGGCAAAGAUAUAUCCAAAUAUGCAGAUGCAUUUGUCGCUUACUGGCAGCUCACAAUUUGUAGUGCUCAUGAAUUUUUUCUUUUAAAAACCUCUUCUGAGAAUCUGUAGUUAAUCUGCAUCUUGCAUUUGCAGUUUUGUAUUUUCUAAUUUAGUUCAGGACAAAAUAAAUACGCAAAUAAACAAGAUGUCGGCAUCUUGCAGCGUUUUAUCCCAUCAAUUUGGUCUUAUCAAAUUUUCAAUGCUUUGAUGUUGAUUUUAGAAUGACGUUCUGUAUUGGAGAAGUUAUAAUUUGUACAUUGGUUGAGUAAUAAAGGAGGUAUCUACGUUUGUAUUUUCCGUUUUCUUCAGCUGGAGUAAGAAGACAAUAGUACUCUGGGAAGAAGUGACCUUUUGAUAGUUUUCUCCAGUUUUUCUUUAUCUUUCUGACAUAAUUACAGAAACAGUUUCAUAAACAACCAGUCAAUAUAUGAAAGUUCUUUCCCCCAUUUGUUGUUAAUAUUCGAUCUCUCCUUUUUUAUUAUUUGUGUUUGAUUCAAUUAAUGUCCUGGUUGAUUGUGGCUGUGAUUAAAGUUUUCUAUCCCCUGAACAGGGUCCAAUAAUAGGGAACUUGGGUGUGUUAUACUGUCUCCUUGGUUUGUACAAUUCUUAAGCCUAUUCUCUGUAUCAGUUAAAAAUGAAGAACUUGCUUAAAAUGUUUUAGGGGUAGAACAAAAUUGAAUUAAUUAUCCAAACAAGUCCAAACUCAGACUCUAAUUGUUCCUCCUAGCUUGAACCUCACAUUAGGGAGGUUUGAAUGCAAAAUGAAAUGUCAGUCAGAAUUCAAAGCUUCAGUACGUGUCAUUUUUAUAUUUAUUGCUACAUCAGCAUUUUUCCAACUGUAACCUUGCAUAUUCUGUUAGUGUGCAUAGAUCUACAGAUUUUAUAUCUCCAUUUUUCAUGAAUUUGCUUUGAUUAAAUAGUGGCUCCAGACUAAGAUUAAGAAACUAAGGGUACAUGUUUUUAAACUGUGCUUUAAAGCUGGUGGCUGCAGGGGAAAAAAAUUUUGUUUCCUCUGUUGAAUCAGUGCUCUGAGGAAUUCUUGUACAAUGCGUGGUAGGAGUCCCAUGAAAGUUGCCCAAUUUGAUAUCUUCACGUUUUGGAAGCCAUCUAUGGCAAUGUGCUUAUUGCAAAUGUCAGUUGUUAACAGUAUAGGAAGUAGGCUACAGACUCCAUCUUGACUUGCCUCCUACCAAAUCAUCCUGGCCAGUUGGAAUAAGUGUGAAUAUGUCUUUGUUGCUGUUAGACCAAGUGUUGCACAACCAUGUGGUGCCUUUACACAAUCCUGUCAAUGACUGGUAAAUGGCUGCUCUUUGAAGGUUGUUCUAAAUUGAAACCAAACUUGACAUGCAGACCAAAACUCAACUAUCAUGAAUCAAACUUGACUUAACCCCUGUAGUAAUUGUGCAAAAUACACAACACAAUGUUGUAUUGGGCACAUUAGCAGCCUUCACUGAGAAGGUUAUCUCCUUUCUAAUUAGGUUGUUAAGAGCAUUCGAACUUCAUUGAACUUUUGUCCACUGAGAUUGGGGACUUCAAAAUGCCAGACAACAUUUUUAUUUUUGAGCCAAUUAGUUGUUACUGUUUUUGGUUUAAUUCCUUCAGUUUUGAUUAAUUAAUGUUGAUGCGAUCAUGUGAAAUCUUGAUAAGUAUGUUUCUAACGGAAUUAACUUGCAGCAAAAAACUUUUUUUUUGCACAGGCAACAUUUUCAGUUUGUUAACUGUCUUUCAUCAGUUCUAUUUUUAAACUUACACUGAAAGAUAUAUUUUUCAAACAAUAAUUUAAACUGAUAUUGUUAAUGCAGAUGUAACAAAUGAACGGUUUUUCUAAUUCUUCCUCCAAUGAUUCCAUUGUCCCUUAACUGACACAUUGAGUGAAACUGGAUGUUUGACUAUGUUGCUAAUGUUCUUUUAGGCAUUUAAGCAUUUCUUACAAGCAAAAUCACAUUGGUAACUGAUCACAAUAUUGUGGCACCCUUUCUGUUCUGAAAAUACUGGUAAACUUCCAUAUUGUUCUGGGCUGUGUUGAGUGAAUAAUCAAUGCUGUUGCUCAACAAUUCAAAAAUGCACCCAUUUGCAGUAUACACCUAGCAGUAUCACUUUGUAUUCCGAGGGGCAGGCAUAGGCCAUUUGGAUGCUAGGUGCAGCUGUCACCCUGCUGACCAAUGUGAUUGACCAAUCCGAAACCUGUGCCUAUGAAAGAGUCUGCUUUGUGACUGAAGCUUUGAAUCUUGACAUGUUUUUUGUUUCAGAUCAGUUUGAAAGUGUUGGGUGAGUGUUAUAUGUUAGAGAGAGAAUUCCCCAUCAGAGCUUUUUCAAAAAGAAAAGAUGAAUUAAAAAUGGUAUUUUUUUCCUCAGCAUAUUUGUAAAUUUUUGUUGGGAUAUUUAUUUUUAAGCAUUGGGUGGUGAGACCUGAUUCGAGGGAACUGAAUUGCCGAUUAUGACAACAUGAGAUAAUUGAAUUAAUAUUAGCAGUCUCUAAUGUUCAAGUCAUGAUUAUUCACUGUCCUUGCAUUAUUGGGCUCUAAAUCCACCCUGACCUACAGCAAUCCUCUGCACUUAAAGAUGAUUAAACUAUGCCAAUAGCAUCCACUGUAGAAGUACGGCAAAAACACUGAUUCGACUUCUGUAAUGGUUUUAACAAAGCUGCUGGUGGGGAAACUCUAUGAAGUUGUGAUUGAUGCACUACAAUAGAAGGUUUUUCUUUGACUUUGGAGCAGGUUCUGAAUGGCUUUUAUGAUGUAAAUGUUGUACAGAAGCAGAAAAAGAUUGUUCAUAGCAUUGUUUCAAUUAAAAAAAAGCCAUAUCAGUUGUAAAGGUUUUCGUCCCCUUUUGAGAUGUGAAAACUUUUAAACAAAGCAAUUCAUAAACUGCCCUUCCCUAAUCUUUGUACCAAAUGUGUAAAUUAUUUUUGACUAUUUAUUCUGUAUGAUUUUAAGAGUUUUUUGUGGUUAUUUAAUAUGCAAAGAAGCUGUUAAACUUCCGUGUUGGGUUCUUUGUUUAACCUGUAGAGCUGUUUUUUUAUUCUUGCUGAUAAACACAUUUUAAAUACA